AUGAAUGUCAAUGACGACAUCACCUGUACCGAUGACGCGGAAUGUCAGAACGGUGAGACUUGUGUAUCGGGUACGUGCACCUGUCCAGCUGGUUCAACCUGUGCCGAAGGCACCUGUAUAUAUGACGCGGAUUGUCAGAACGGAGAGACUUGUGUUUCGAAUACGUGCACCUGUCCAGCUGGUUCAACCUGUGACGAAGGCACCUGUAUAUAUGACGCGGAUUGUCAGAACGGAGAGACUUGUGUUUCGAAUACGUGCACCUGUCCAGCUGGUUCAACCUGUGACGAAGGCACCUGUAUAUAUGACGCGGAUUGUCAGAACGGAGAGACUUGUGUUUCGAAUACGUGCACCUGUCCAGCUGGUUCAACCUGUGAUGAAGUCACCUGUACCGAUGACGCGGAUUGUCAGAACGCAGAGAUUUGUGAAUCGGGUACGUGCACCUGUCCAGCUGGUUCAAGCUGUGGCGUAGAAUUCUGUUCUAGUGACGAUCAGUGUCUGAAUGGAGGUAACUGUAAUGCCGAUGGGAAUGCAUGCGAAUGCCUUGAAGGAUUCACUGGAGCUGUGUGUAAUUAUAUCGACGGAUGUGCCAGCAAUCCCUGUUUCAAUGGAGGAACGUGUAACAAUCUAGUUGACAGCUUCACCUGCGACUGUGUUGAUGGCUAUGAUGGGAUUACGUGUGAUUCAGAUAUCGACGAAUGUGCCAGCUAUCCCUGUCUGAAUGGAGGAACGUGUAACAAUCUAAUUGACAGCUUCACCUGUGACUGUGUUGAUGGCUAUGAUGGGAUGACGUGUGAUUCAGGUAACACCGAUCCUUGCACCCAACCAAACCUGUGUGUCAAUGGUGUCUGCAGUCCUAUUGGACAGGGACAGUACGAGUGUGAAUGCCAAGAUCAUUAUGAGGGGAUCUAUUGUGAUGAACCAACUCUUCCUUUGGAGAUUUCUGUCCAUCCGUCAAGCCAGAUAGUCAUCAUCAAUGCCAGAGUGGAGCUGACAUGUAGUUUCAACAAUGCCAAGCGAUACCACUGGUACAAAGAUGAUGUCCUUUUGCCCAACAGUGAAAACCAGAAUCCUUUGAUAAUCAUGUCUGUCUCGCCCAGUAACAUCGGGUAUUACUUCUGCCGAGGCUCAGGGAGACAUGAAGAAACUUUAGACACGACGCCAGCAUCUGUAUAUGUCAAAGAUCUUACCAAUAUAAAAGUUUUGAAUGCUAGAUUUGCCAUUUCAUUCCGCGAUGAGCUUUAUGACCAAACUUCUAAACUCUAUAGAGAAACGGCGUUCAACAUCAGCACCUAUGUGGAGCAAGGCCUCCGAACCAGUACUGGGUUGGAGGGCGUAUCAGUAGUAUGCAGAGCCCUAAAACCAGGAAGCGUCAAAGCUGACAUGAAUAUCUUCAUCGAGCCGACCAAUUUAACGGCACUGGAGACACAAGAUCUUUUUGGACUAUCUCUCGAGAGUCUAGCCAAUGAAUCAAAUGGUUUUCUCGAUUCCAACACCAUUUCAGUUCAAAAUAACGCUAUUUGCCAGAAUAUCUCAUGGAUUUCUCCUCGGUUUGAAAGAGUCGAAUUUCCGGUGGGUGAAAACGGAACAUGGGCAGAUUCAACAGGAAUGUGUCCUUUCAACACUACUAAAGCCAAUGAACCCAUUGGACGGGCUCUGUGUAUCGGCGAUGGUAUUACCCAGAGCCAGUGGCAACCUGUGGAUAAUUGCGGACCAUUUAGAAAUGUCACAGAUAUUCUCACUGAAAUUGCACAGGUAAUUGUUAGUGAAGAAAAUGCAGGUGAAGUUAGCCAGCAAAUAUCAGCUGUUACUUCCAACAUCGAAGAUAUCACAUCAGAUGACAUCUCGUUUGUGACACAGAUAACAUCCAACAUUGUGCAGCAAAAUCUUACUGGUGAAGAGGUAACAGAGUCUAUAACAAGUAUUGUGAGCAAUAUAGCUCAGGUAGACACAGAGGAACUUGAAGCUGCAGAGGAAAAUGGUGGGGCAAUAAGUAAAUUUGUCCAGGCUUUUGAGGAACAAAUCAGUCGUGUUGAGGUUGCCGAUGGUGAGAUGCUCAACAUUCAGCAGCCAUAUGUAGCCGUACAGGUCCAGAGUGUACCUGCUGAGGACAUAAUGCGUGGUCUUGUGCUUUCGCUAGCUGGAUCCAGUCUUUCAGACCUGACCAAGUCCAAUAUUACCAUCAAUGCUCCGACCCAAGAUGACCGCGAUGAGAACAUUGCUACCAGACCAGACACUAUUGCUCAGGUCAACAUUCCACCUUCAGUUUCAUCCAUCAUUUCGUCCACGGCCCCACUCUCGGGAUCGCAGUCGAAUGGCAGUAGUGGAUACGUUCGGGUCAACUUCAAUGUAUUUUCAACUCCAGCCCUGUUCAUUUCUAAAUCAUUGCGCACAUUGAGUGCGGAUAAUGAAGGCUUCAAUCGAUCGGCUAACUCUCCCGUGAUUUCUCUCAGUAUUGGUCAAGGGAAUAUAGCAGCCUUGACCGAAUCCAUCAACUUUACCUUCACAACGAUAAUGCCUGGAUACAUGAAUCCCAAUUGUUCAUUCUGGGAUGAGGAGCAGGCAGAUUGGUCCCAAGAUGGGUGUGUUCUUGUUUCUGGAUUCACAUCAUCUGAUGAUGAGGAGAACGUGCGCUGUGCGUGUGAUCAUCUUACCAACUUCGCUGUUAUAAUGGAUAUCCAUAGAAAGGAGAGCCCUGACGAGAAGGCAUACAACAUCCUGACUUAUAUUGGCUGCUGUAUUUCUAUCUUCAGUCUUCUUGUCACAUUGGCAACCUACCUGUGGCACAAGGAUUUGAGGACCAAACAGACUAGCCAGAUCUUCAUCUGUCUGUGCCUGACCUUGCUGUGUCUCUACACGACAUUUGUCAUCAUGAUCUCUCUGGAAUCUCGUAAGGUCUUAGCUGGACCCUGUGGGUUCCUGACGGCCCUAGUUCACUACUUCGUUUUGUCCUCCAUUGCAUGGAUGGGUGUGGAAGGGUACAAUACCUACCUCAUCAUUGUAAAGAUCUUUAACACCUACAUCCAGAGUUUUAUGGUCAAGGCUUUCUUAGCUGCAUGGGGAAUUCCUGCACUUAUCGUGGUUCUUACCGGAGCUGUUGCUAGAGACUCUUACGCCCAUGAUGAUCUAUGCUUUCUACAAUUCUGGGCUCAAAUCGGUGGUCUCCUGAUUCCCAUGUCCAUCAUCCUCCUCAUCAACAUCGUCAUCUUCAUCCUGGUGGUGCAACAGUUGAUCCGGUCAGCCAAUUUCGCUGGUCGGGUGAAAAAAGAGGCUAAGGCAGAACGUCGGGAGACUAUAGUACGCGUCCAGAACGCGAUCUGCAUCUUGCUCGUGCUCGGUUUGACCUGGGUCGCUGGAUAUCUUCUUUUGAUUCCAACAUUUAGUCAGGUGGCUCAACCAAUCUUCAUCAUCCUGAACUCCUUCCAAGGAUUUUUCAUCUUUCUACUCUACUGUGUCCGGAAGCCUCACAUCCGUAAGAAAUGGGGGCUAACUUGUUUCGACAAGUUCGUAAAGAAAGAAGCAACCACCUCCAGCGGUGGGGUAAGCGUGACGGCGCUAUCCUCGUCAGCUGGAAUGAAUAGCAAUUUGCGCCCAGGAGCCUCGGAUAAUUACUUUUUGCCUACCAAAGACGACAAUCCCGAUCAUAUGUGUAUGUUUAAUCCGACCUUUGAUGAUAGUCAGGUUGAGGAAGGGGUCAUACCACCCAUGAACACAUAUAUCCAGAGUUCCACAGAGGAACAGAAGAAGGACACGGAUCGUGAUGCAACAAGCGCUGAUGUUGUGGCGGUAAGUCUCCAUCUUGAUGCAUCUAUCCCAAUAGCCACUGAGAGAAGUGACGGUGUUUCCUCCAACACGGAUGCUGACACGGUCAUUGUAAAUCUGGAUUCAACUGAUGCCAGGAAAGCUACCGAGGGUACCGAUGAUGUUACUUCCACCAACAAUGAUGCUGCCGUAAGUUCCCCUAAGGAUGCAGAGAAUGGCACCAAAUACAAUGAGAGGAGUAAUGAUGCUGCCGACAAUCUUCCACCGGAUUCAACAGAUAUCGACAAAGGAAAUUAGAGCAGUGACAUAGAUGCCAGUAGCACCACCGAUUUUGCAACUGCCAAUGGCACAGGUUGGUUUUGACUAUAGCGAUGUAUUCAUUCUAAUACUUGAGUUUUAAAAAAAUUGUAAACAGCUUUUGUAUUAAUUUAGAUUUAAGCAAGAAGAGGGUCUUAAAGAGAACAUGAUGUUAUAUUGGCAUACUAGGCAGGGUAUGGGUGGGCUGGGUGUCGGCUGAACCCCCAUCCCUUUUCCCCAAGCAUUUGGUAUUUAUGAGGCCUCUGUCUGGUAUCGGGCCGGGUCACUGGCUGAGAACGCCAAUGCCUUAACCACUACACCACACAGAACCCUCCCGUCCCCCUUCCCCAAGGCUUUUGCAAUUACCAAUAGUUCGUCACCACAUAUUUAGGCAACCAGGUGACGACAGUAUAUAUAUGUACAUUUAUAUGUACCGUAUGGAAGCAUUCAUGAUCAGAUGAUUUUUGUUAAAUAAUGUUUAAUGUUCUAUUAGUCAGAUAAGAGAUAUUUUCAUUGUUGGAAAGUAUGUUGAUGAUGAUAAUGGUACGAGGGUUUUUUCAAUUCUUUUUAAUCGCUUUUUGUCAUGACAUGAUAUAUAAAUAUUGCGAAUGAAAAUUAGAUAACAAUGGUUGCGUAGCUUAAAUACAAGGUCCCCCUUGCUGUCCUUAUUUUCUUUUCUUUUUUGCAAAGUUUGAAAUAAAUUGUCUCCGCCGGGAAUUGAACCAGGUCAGUGGCUGAGAAAGCGAAUGCCUAAGCCACUAGACCACAAAGAACCCCCGAGCAUUUUGCAAUUACCACUAUUCCGUCACCACAUAUUCGGGCAACCAGGUGAUUGCCAUUUGUCAUCAUCUUUAUUAUAUUUCAAUGACAAAAUGAUAUCUUUUCAAUUUAUAUGUACCUUAUCGAAGUUUUCAUAAUCAGAAUUUUUUUUAUAUGAUAUUUUGUGGUGUGUUACUCAAAGAGGAGGUCUUUCCAUUUUUGAAAAAAAGUAUAAUGAUGAUGUUAAUAGUACAAUGAUUUUUUUUGUUUGUCUUUCAUAUAAUUCAAAAUGAAAUUAUACUAUGAUGGUUGUGUAGCUUAAAGGAAAGUUCCCCCUUGUUGUUCUCUUUUUUAAUUUCUUUGCAAAGGUUGAACAUAAAAAAAAUUCCGCCGGGAACUGGCAGAGAAUGAUCAAAUAAAUGAUUUUCCAUCAAAUAGCGAUCGAGGUUAAUUGUCUCUAAGCCCUAAUUAUAUUAAGUUACACUCACACAAAUUAAUGAAGAAAUAUUUUGUAAUGAACAUUACCGGAAUUUACAUAAAGAUAUACAAAUGUAAGACAAAAAUAUAUUGGUGCAAAUGUACUCAGAAAAGUUCACAUAUGACGAAAGUAAGAGCCACAGGAGAAAUACUUUUUUAAUUAAAUGUGCAAAUGGUAGGCAUUUAGGAUAGCCUUAAAAUGAGAAAAAUGAAAAAUAAGAAUAUCAGGCUUUACAUGAUGAGUUUUCAUAAUUAGUAUUCUCAAAUCAGUCGUAUGUGAUUUAAUUAUCAUAUUCUUGUUGUCAUAUGAUAGAAAUGAAAUGAGCUUUUCAGUGAUGUAUAUAUUAAUGAUAGCAAAUAAUUUGGGAGAUUAUUGCGGAUUAUUGAGUAAUUUACGAAUACAAACUUAGGUUUUUAUUAUCACGGACACACUGUAUUGUAGCUCGUUUCAAUGUUGAAUUGCUUAGUUAAUUUCUGAUACUGCUGAUAUAUAACUUGAAAAAUCAGAACAUUACUGUUACUAUCAUUUGUAUUAUUGUGCGCAACAAGAAAUUUAUAAAAGCAUGCUUAUAUAGUAAUAAAGUAAAUGGUGGAGUGGAAA